GGCUGUCCAGGUCGUAAUGCGAAAGUUGGGCGUCGGUCAGCAGGAACAGGCGCGGGAAGGAGAUUCCGCGGAGAGGGAGUUCUACCUUUCGAGGCGCUACUCCGACAGCUAUGGCGGAGAAGCCCUGCGUUUCCAUAGCAACAAACUAAACGGGGAGUGCCGGUGUCACUGAGAGCUGGUUAUUUCAUCAUUGAAAAUUUCUUGAAUAAAUGAAUAGUAAAGCACUCACCAUGUCUCUCAAUCAAAUGCCUGUUCCUGGGCCACCAUCUGCGUCCAAACCAGAGGGCAGAAAAAUGAAAGGUAGUUUAUCUCUGGUACCUGUCAGCAGUAGAAGUGCAGAGCUCCCUCAGCUAAGAAACAAAUCAAGUAUGCUGGACUGUUCAGGGCCUCUUCCCACUUCCCUACAGUGCGAUUUCAUCCCAAAAGAGAUCCUCCUAGCUCUGACUUCUGCGGCCAGUAGUGCCUAUAGCCCUGAAUACUUAAGACCCCCCAAGAAAAACAAAAGUGCAAAAGACUUCAAGGGGAGCAUGCGUGUCCCAGAUGGGCUCUGGCAACAUCCCAUUCGCAGGAACAAGUUCAAAUACCUCAUAGACCAUCCCAUCUGUCUGACGGGAGCUGGAAGGGAUGUCUCGUUUCUAUAUGACAUAGCUGGAAAAGAAGAUGAAAGAAAGAUGUCUCCAGCAAGCCCUUUAGCUGAACCACAUCGUUAUGGUUCAUCCAUGACUAGUGCUACAAGUGUAGCAGAUAGCCUGGUCCCUGAAGAAUUUCACAUAGUGAAGAACAAAGGAGUCUUAGGCUUGGAGUAUUAUGAUGAUAAAUACACAACUCUACUUGAAGAUAGUGAAAAUAGAUUGCGGCUAUUCCCAUCCAUGAAACCAUCUGGGAGAUUAGAGGUCAUCCAGCUGAUGAAGGUGAUGGACACCAUGCUGGAGAAGGCUGGAGUAGAUGAUGAGCAAAUUGGGAUAACAGGACCUUCACAGUUGCACAAUGUAUUGGAGGUUCUGAAGACAGAGCAGAACAUUUACAACAUAGUGUUCCAUGAGCUGAUUCGACAGGUCAGUGUGGAUUGUGCAGAGAGAGGAGAACUGCUUUCUAAGCUUAGGCAGAGGUAUGUGAAUCUGCUGGAUCGAAUCCCCCAACAGAUGAGAAACCUUUACAAAGAAAUGAUGGCGCAACGAGUAAUGGACAGGCACAUUACAGAAGAGUUAUACAACUUCAAGGAAUCUAUUGGACAGCUGACCAGUGAGCUAUGCGAGGUCCGAGAACAUGACUUCAGGGUGACGAGAGAAGCAGAACGGGCCCAUGAGGAGCUGGCUGAUGCAGUGCGGGACGCUGAGCUGAAUGCAAAUCUUGUGGAAGAAUAUCGUGAGUUGUAUGAGUUACAAAGAGCGAGGCUUGAGACCCAGCUGCUCCAGUUAACCCAAGAGAAAGAAAUCUGGAGCUCAGCUACAUAUGACCUGGCAAUGAAGGUGAUCGAAAGAAACCAGCUCACGUUGUCUCGCAAGCUCUAUGUCAGUGAAAAAGCAUGGACCAAAGUCAUCAGACACUUCAUAGUGCUUCUGGCAUCACAGGACACAGCAGACCUUUCCGAUUUGCAGGAGAUGACUGAGCAGUUCAGGGAGCUGUUGGACCGCAUUGGAAUUGAAGUGGAACAUGCUGAAAACUCCAGCAGGGAGAAGCUGCGAAUGGUUCAGAAUGGCCUCACCAAGUGGAUGCAGUACUUCCAGGACAAUGUUUUCGGGAAAGCAAGCUUCUCUAAUACGAAGGGAGAGAUAUUGGAGGAAAUCCUACAGGACUUCAAGAACUUGGAAAAUAUGUUGAAUGAGGACCUGGAGCAAUAUGGAGGGGAAGUUCUACUAAUGAAGAAGGAGACCCUCAAGACUGCUGCCAACCUGCAGAAACGCUGGACAGAGCUGGGACAAACAGUGCUUAGUCGUCACAAGGACAUUAAUGGGGUGUUGCCUCCAGAGCUCAGGGCCAUGGAAGAAAUAAAUGAACGUGCAAAUGAGCUCUGCCAGCAGUACAGCGUAAGAAUAAAUGGGGAGAAUGGGGUAACCAGGAUUUUGACAGGUUUAGUGAGCAGUAUGGAAGAUUGGACGUUCAAGAUGCUAACCAACAAGCGAGGAUCUGGCAUGCAUGACUCUGAUUGGCUGAAAUUGUUUCGAGUGAUUCCUGAUUGGCUGACCCAGGUGGCUGCACUGAUGACAAUUAUAGGUUCCGGACAGUCUCAUGAGGAUCAGAGAAAUAGAAAACCUCAUGCCUCGGUCGUUUCAGGUGAUGUGUUUAAGAUGAUUCAACAAUGGAUCUUGACCACAACUUCUGGGGCUGAGAAGGACAACAUACAGCUCACACAGGAAAUGAUUGAUCUCCACAAAGACCUGACCAUGUGGAUAGUGAAUUUCCUGACUUUGAUGGUACCUGACCACUCCUCCAAUAAGGGUCUCCUAGAGAAUGAGUCAGAAGCUGCUAAGGAUCAAGAGCUCAAGAGGCUAAGGGGCUAUAAACUAGAGGAAGAAGCUAUGAACCUGGUUCCCAAACUGAGCAGAUUCUCCAGCUACGUAAUGAGCUGCUGCAAGGAGUUGGUAGAUGUUACAGUUCGGAAGAAACAAGCUGAAGCGGAUUCAGACCACAAUUAUGAGCUGCGGGAGCUGGAGAAAAUCAAGACCGAGUGCCUUGAUUGGAUUAAUACCUGCAAUCUCCUGCUUUCUGAAUUCAAAGGCUCUCCAGUCUCCUUACUGAGUUUAGAAGAGCAGAGGAACCUGUUUGGGCCUCAGGAGACCCAGCCACAGAUGCACUCAACUGUUGUGGAUUCUUUACCUGAAGAAAUUUCUGAGACUUCUUCUGAACUUGGAAAAGACAAAACUGAAGAUGUUGAUGUUGAUAAGAAAUCUGUGAAAGGGGAAGAAGUGUUAGGGGAAAAGCAGGAGCCACCUGUGCCAGACGUCAGCAGUGACGUCCCAACUGUAAGCAGUGAGAUAAUGGAGGACACCAUCAGGUACCUAGGACAUGACUCCAACAUCCAUUUGAAAUCCCUCAAGUCAACAGCGGUGUCGGUCUCUGGGAGAGAGAUGACUGCCAGCAAGUCAACAACCCCAUAUUCUCGAAAGGAGUUUGAGACCUUGGCUUCACUAGAACGUCUGCAAGAGCAGCUCCUAGAAGCUGAGAUCCGUGCUCAGGAUGCAGAGGAGAGAUCAGAAAGUCUGGAUGAGCAUCUGGAAGUAGCUCUGGGGAGAAUCCAGGAUCUAGAGAAACAGCUGGAAAAAGCACUCAAAGCCCAGGAAGUACCACCAAAACCAGAAGUCCCUUCCCAAGAAGAAUCCAAGCCAACUUCUCAUAAACCAUCUGCCGCUGCCCGGUCCAGGAAAACCAGCAGACCCAAACAUUAAAGAGUAGCAAUGCCCAGCGAAGGUCGUUUGGUUCCCAUUUGUAGUAGACUUUCAGCAUAACACUGCCCAUCUCUGGGGCUCCAGAUACACUUUAAUUCCAAGUUCUUUAGUAUAGCAAAAUGACUGGAACACCCUCUAAUGCACCCUCCCAAGGAGACCUUUAGACAAAGCACUGGAGAGGAUCUUUUCUUGGUUUAUAAAUUAUCUGAAAACCUCACGCUGGGUAACGCAGUGUUUUAGUGUAGUUGCCAGUCAUAAGUGGAGACUGGACUAGAACAGAACUUGUAGAAAAGGCUUUCAGGCCUUCUCAAUGUAUCUGUUAGCAGAGUCUUUAAGAGAUCAGGUCAUAAACUUAUCACAGGCUAGCUGUACUGCCACAGUUGGAACUUUGGGAUAAAUUGUCCAGAUCUCAGAUCCAUUCAUAAGUGCUCAGCUUGUAAACAUAAAUCUUGGGAUGGUUUCUUCCAGGUAUGGAGACAGAGGGAGGCUCCUGGGCCAGGUCUUUCUCAGAGUGGGACACAGGAUACUUUCUAAGUACUUAGAGGGGAGGUUUCCAACUAAUUUAUACAGGCACAGUGUAUAGAAAAAGAAAAAAAAGUUCUGUUCAGUGUUGCUUGAGAAAUAAUUAAGGCAGCAGACUCAGAAUACCUCUUCUAAGAGCCAUCAUUUCCAUGGUUAUUAUCCUUUUACAAGACGUCCAUGGCUUUUGAUACUUUGGGACUUCUGUUAACAUGGGUGGUGACUAGGAAAGUGCAACUCAGUUGGACUCACCCCUGUGGCACCUCCUGCUGGUCAUCCAUGGGAAUUAGCUCUUCCAGCAUCCGGAUCGCCCUCUGCAGGCCAGUGAUCCGGCUUACCACUGGCCUCCCAUGUCCCUCCCAGAACCCUGGUGCCCCUUUCUCUGGGUGCUGUCCCCUAGCUGUACCCCCACAGUUCUGGGUCUCCCCCUCCCAGGGGAAUCCCCACCCACUACCCCCAAUUCAUCUCAGAUUGGCUACUGCCCAGUCUCUAUCUAGCCCCAUUCACUGGGGCAGACUGCAGUGUCAGCCACUCAUCACAGGCAAAGGGGUUCGGACCUGCUGCCUCUGCCUACCCACGGGCUGCCCCA